CCCCAACAUGAGCGUGGGUAAACCUACCGCGGACCGUUUACCGUGCAAUACCACCAGUUUUCAGAAGAAAUCACGAAGCAAACUAGUUUCAAUACCUGGCACAAGACCUUCGAUUCAAAAUGGGCAACUUAUUGUUUCGACUGGUGUCACAUCUCUCGACUACGUGAUUGGUGGUGGUUUAGCAGUUGGAACCCUUCUCCUCAUAGAGGAGGACCGAUAUGACAGCUACUCUCGUAUGCUACUCAAGUACUUCCUGGCAGAGGGGGUGGUGUGUGGACAUGAACUCUACGUGGCGUCUGCCCUGGACCACCCCAAUGACAUCCUACAGGAGCUCCCCGCCCCCAUCCUGGAUGACAUCGCCAGCCCCAAAACAGUGGAGGACCAGGCAAAGUCAUGUGACCCUGAGAGUCAGGACGCCAUGAAGAUCGCCUGGCGCUACCAGCACCUGCCAAAAGUACAGACGGCCCUGGCGUCCUCGUCGAGGUUCGGACACUACUACGACGUCUCCAAGACAAUGGACCCUGAGAUCUGCCAGGCGGCCAGGUGCCACGGCUUCUACCUUCCAGAACACUCCACCGCUGUGACAUCACCCACCGCCACCGGGCAGAGGUAA